AUGCUUGACAUACUCUCCCUGAGGACGGAAGCUGAACAUGGCCUGGCGGAUUCAAUAUUGACAGCAACGCAUCAAUAUGCCCUUCUACAGCGUGCAUCUAUACUCGAUAACCGCUUAGCACAGUGGGAGGACCGAGUUGCGCCAGAGAACAAACCUAUCACAAUAGCCCAUAUGCCACCGGGCAGUGACCCCUAUAUUGAAGUCGGACAUUGGCCCGGCCCAUUGCAUAUGUACACAGACCUUCGCGCGGCAGCCCUCCUUAACAUCAGUCGCGUUGCGCGAUGCUACCUCCUUGACAUCAUUCUCAGGCUCAAGGAUAUGCAGGCUGACACCGGCAACGAUGAUAAAGAGAGAGCAACUGCUGUCCAGCUCAUUCAGGACUUUACCUCCUCAAUCCCGUAUCACCUAGUUGAGGACUUGCAUUCAUUCUCCAUGAGUGUCCAGCGCGGCAAUCCCAUUGAGCCGCCUGGAAGAGCAGUUGGAGGAUUACUGCUGAUGUAUCCCCUGUACAUUGCUUCGCAGCUAUCUAUUGUGUCGGUACAGUUUCAGGACUACUUCAAACGGUGUCUAGUCUGGAUUGGACAAAACACGGGAGUUGGAUAUGCUUCUCUGUUGGCUAAGGUGAGAUAUACUGUCACAGGUCACAGUCUCUGUUAUGCUAAUGGACAGUCAAAGGCCCAUUUCAAUAUUCAAGAUCUAACUGCAGGAUGCAUCAUUGUGUAUGGCGGAUUGCUAUAA